GUCUACGAUGCACGUGUAUAACCAGACCUCUGCGGCGGCGAGGCUUGGUGUGCCGUUGCAUUUGUUUGGGAUGAAUCCGAGGAUCUUUUCGAAGGAGGUGCCGCAUUCGCAGGCUGAGUGGGCUUUGAAGGGCCCGAGUGAGGGGAAGAAUGUUUUGUCUUGGUGGGUUCAGGAUUUUAUGUUCCUCGAGACGAUGAAAUCCGUCAUCAACGACGUCCGCGUCAACGUAAUGGGCUUGGAGAGCAUGUCCCCCGCCUGGUGGCUGAGCCAGUACAACAGGAUGAAUGUCCCCUGCACAUACCUCUGGUCGCCGAGACUCCUCUUGAAGCCGAGGGACUGGGCGGAUAACAUCGACGUUGCGGGCUUCGUAUUCGAGGAUGUGCCUUCGGAUUAUACCCCGUCUCCAGAGUUGGCUGCGUUCCUGGAGGCUGACCCGGAGAUGCCGCCGGUGUAUAUCGGUUUUGGGAGCAUGUCGUUUGCGAAUGCGCAGGAUGUGUUCGAGGGAAUAUUUGAGGCGACAAGGAGGGUUGGUGUUAGGGCCGUUGUUGGGAAGGGGUGGUCUAAUUUGGUCAAGGAGGAGGUUGGGCGGGAUGGGAAGGGGGAUGAUGGUGAUGGUGAGAGUCAAACGGACGGCGGGAAAGGUGGGAACAGAGACAUGUCGCAUAUAUUCAUCGUCGACGAGGCGCCGCACGCGUGGCUGUUUCCUCGGGUCAGGGCCGUGGUGUGUCACGGGGGAAGCGGGACGACGGCCAUGGCGCUUCGGAGCGGGCGGCCUACGCUCGUUGUGCCUGUUGCCGGGGACCAGCCUUUCUGGGGCACGAGGGUCCACGCUGUCGGGUGUGGGCCUGAAGCCAAGUAUGGUUUGGCGGAGAUGAAUUGCGAGAGGUUCGAGGAAGGGCUGAGGGAGCUUUUGAAACCUGGCUACGCUGCUGCCGCGGAGAGGUUUGCGGUUCAGGUGAAGGGGGAGAGGCCUGGGGAGGAGGUUUGUGUUGAGAGGGUGCUUGAGACGGUUGGGGUUUAUGAGAGGGUGGGGAGGUGUGUUGUUUAUGAUGGACGGCCUGCUGUUUGGAAGGUAGCAGCGAGGGCGGAGGGAGGACAAGGAGAGAGGAAGUUGUCUGCUGUUGCUGCGCAUGUUCUUGUUGAGAGUGGAAGGUGGCCUGAUUUGACGGGGCCUGGGGACCCGGUGACGGGGUUGAUUCUUGGGGUGCAAAAGGCGUUUGGGAAUGUUACUGCGGAUGGGAGGACUGGCAGAUGGGGGAGGUUGGGGCUUCAUGUUUUGAGAGCUCCCCUCACGAUCCUGGCCGCCGUGGCGUUCGGCCUCUUCAACCUACUCGACUUCAUCCUCUACGAACUCGCCUCGUCUUUCGAGCCGAAGCUCUACGCGAGUAACCCGCGGCUAUACUCCUACCUGCGGAUGCUUCUCUUCCUCCUAUCCGCGCCUUUUGUCGAGCUCGCUUCCGUUAUGACGCAGCCGGCGCGCUUUCUAGCGGCGAGAAGACAAGGAGGAAAGGGGGGAAGAAGGAAAAGCUUGCUGAGGGUGAUCCUCCAGGUGCCGCUUGCACUUCUGAGAGUGGUUUUGGCGCUGGUUAAUGUCCUGGUUGGCGGGCUUGGUAUUACGCUUCGGCAGCUGGAGCUUUCUUGUGCGAGGGCUAUGGGGGAGAGGCCUGUGGGAGAUGUUGUUGCCGAAGCGAGGAUUCUGCAGGGGAGGGUUGAGGCGGAGGGGUUGAGGGUUGAAGGGGUUGAGAGUGGGAGGGAUUUGGUGGGGGAUAUUGUUCGGAGGUGGGAUGAGCGGAAGAAGGCUUGA